CGGAAACUACCGACAACAACAACAGCACGCGGGACUCAAUAAUGGAGAGAAACACUCUUUCCUGCUUUAUAUCAAACCAUGUAGGCUUCCAUGGAACCAUAAAAAACUCACCUCAAGAUUUUGUUGUUAUUGAGAUAGACACCAAUGGACAACUUGUCAACAGUGUAAAUACUAAAGAAGAAAGACCUUGUCAAGCUACCAAAAGGAUUGAUAUGAAAUUAAUACCAUCUAAACCAGAUGACACUGACAGUUUAAUUCAGGAUUGCUUUGAUCUGAAUCUAAUCUUGGGUCCAAGUGUGAACAGGGAAUUGGAGCAUUUUACUAAUAAACUGAAAGUGAAACCCUGUUCAGAUGAUCAAGAAAAGGUGGAACUGUUGUUGGGAACUUUUCCUGAUAAACACAUGAGAGCUGUGGUCCACAGAGCGGUUCGAUUCAACUUCCCCUUCCUCCAGACGCUGACCAACCAAUCUGAGAUCCGGGUCAGAGAAGAUCCAGACUUCCAGGAGCUCGCCGGUUUGGCCUCUGAAGGAGAAGCUGAGGACUUUUUCAGGUUUAUUGAUGCCAAAACACCUGGUUCUGUGUUCACAUUUCUGCCCGAUGACAGCAAGGAGCACCGGACGUCAGUUCAUCAUUUUGUUAGCAGGCGUUUUGGGAAGCUUGUGGAAACCAAGAGCUUCGUAGACCAGCAGAAGACUUGCAUUACGGCAAGACUGAGGGAGAGAGGCAAACAAGCCAAGAAGAGAACAAUGACAGACUUUCAUAUGCAGGAGGAGAGUUUAUACACAGCUUUUACGCUGCGCAAGGAGAACCUGGAGACUCUGGAGGCCAUCAGCUACAUGGCUGCAGUACUCGGAGUGCUUCCCUCUGAUUUUACUUAUGCAGGAAUUAAAGACAAGAGAGCCAUUACUUACCAGGCCAUGGUGGUGAAAAAGAUCUCUCCAGAGCGGUUGCUGGAGAAAGGCUCAGAGUUUGAGAGGAGGGGAAUGCAGAUCUCUCAUGUCCGUCCUGCAUUUGAAGCUCUUAAGCUUGGCAGACUGCAGGGAAAUCACUUUGAGCUGGUCAUCAGAGACCUGAAGCAUCAUGGGAAACAUGGUCUUGCAGAGCUGCCACAGCUUAUAGAGGAAGCAGUGGAAAAUGUGAAGAACAAAGGCUUUGUGAAUUAUUACGGUCCUCAGCGGUUUGGAAGUGGAUCGUGUGUCCAAGCAGAUCAAGUAGGGCUUGCGCUGUUGAAGGAGAAUAUGGAGGCUUCAGUUAAGCUGUUCUUCACCCCAGAGGAUGACGAUGACCUCCAGAACAAGGCUAAACGUCAUUUUCUUCACACAGGAAAUGCCAAGGAGAGCUUGGCACUGAUGCCAGCUUAUAAAGCCAGAGAGCGGCUCAUGCUGCGGGCGCUCCACCGGUACGGCAGUGGACAGGAGGGUUGCACCCGUGGCUGGCUCAGUUUACCCCACAGCAUGAGGGUCUUCUACCUUCACUCCUACUGCAGCAGAGUGUGGAACCAAGCAGCCAAAUACCGGCUCCAAAAUCUGGGCUUUAAGCCUGUUCAGGGUGAUCUGGUUUGGGCUGAGUCUGUAAAAGGGCUCAAAGAUGCCACAGAGGAGCUCAGCGCUCCACAGAUCCAUGUUGUGACUUCAGAUGAGGAGAAGAAUGAGGUUUUCUCAUUAGAUCAGGUGAUUCUUCCUAUGCCAGGAAAUAGUGUCAAGUAUCCAGAAAACCUUUUGGGUCAAUGGUAUCAAGACCGAUUGGCUCAGGACGGUUUAGAGUGCUGCCGAUUCAGAGUGACUCCCCUUAAACUCAACGUUCCUGGAUGUUAUCGACCGCUGCUCGCUAAGCCACUGAACAUCACAUAUAGCCUGCAGACGAGUUCAUCAGACGAGUCUAACACACACUGUCUGUCACUAAACUUUGACCUGGAGGCGUCCUGCUACGCUACUGUGUGUCUCGGAGAGAUUAUGAAGACUAAUCUUUCAUAGGUUACUCAAUGGCACUGAUUAAAAGUGUUUACAGACUAAAAAACAUCAAAUAUGAGGAGCUGUAUUCUUAAUAAAAAGUUUAUUUACAA